ACGUUGACCGCGCUCGCACUCCCGAGUGUGUCAUAACAGCCGCAUUAGCGUACUGUUAGCUUCCGCUUUUGUAUCAAACGUUUUGGGGGAGUGACUGCUGGUUCGCGUGUCCCGCGGCUUUGCAUCCUGCUCAAAGUGCAACGGCGUCUGUGCUGUGGCGUGCGCGUUUUUGGUGUCUCCGAAGCGUUUUCCUCCGUUCAAGCAUGAAGCGAGGCAGGAAGGCAGAAGAGGCCACGGCGGAAGGGGACAAUGACGCCACGGCGGAAAGUACUCCGAAGAAAGAAAAGAAAACUAAGGAACCCGAAGCUCCCGUUUUGUACGAAGACCCGCCGGACAAAACCACCAGCAAAGAUGGACGCGACGCCAACAUGAAGAUCACCUCCUGGAACGUGGACGGACUGAGAGCUUGGGUGAAGAAGAACGGCCUGGAUUGGCUGCGUGAAGAGAGUCCAGACGUCCUGUGCCUGCAGGAGACGAAGUGCGCGGAGAAAAACCUGCCCGCCGAAAUCACGUCCAUGCCCGAGUACCCGCACAAGUACUGGUGCACGGCGGACGACAAGGGCUACAGCGGCGUGGCCAUGCUCUGCAAAACGGAGCCCGUCAAAGUCACGUACGGCAUCGGUAAAGAGGAACACGACAAAGAAGGCCGUGUCAUCACCGCGGAGUUCCCCACCUUCUACCUGGUGACGGCCUACGUGCCCAACGCCGGCAAAGGCCUGGUGCGCUUGGAUUACCGCAAGACCUGGGACGAGGAUUUCCGCAACUACCUGAGCGAGCUGGACGUGCAGAAGCCCCUGGUGCUGUGCGGCGACCUCAACGUCGCCCACCGGGAGAUCGACCUGAAGAACCCCAAGGGCAACAAGAAAAACGCCGGCUUCACCCCGGAGGAGCGCGAGGGCUUCGAUAAGUUGCUGGAGGCCGGUUUCGUCGACAGCUUCCGCGAGCUCUACCCCGACACGGCCAACGCCUACACCUUCUGGACCUACAUGAUGAAUUCCAGGUCAAAGAACGUGGGAUGGCGCCUGGAUUAUUUCGUGCUGUCGUCCUCCCUGGUGCCCGGCCUGUGCGACAGCAAGAUCCGCAACAAAGCCAUGGGGAGCGACCACUGCCCCAUCACGCUGCACGUUGCUGUGUAGCCUCGACGCGCGUUCGCUACUAUCUUAGGUGCUAAGUAUAGAAAUGCCAUUUGGGCCUUUUUCUGUUUUGUCAGCUAAAUCCAGGAAAUCCAAACUCAAUUCCUCUUUGCUUUUGCCGACAAAAGCUGCAACACUAUCUUUUUCUCACAAGUAAGCUCAAGAUUAAGACCGUCGUGGACCCUUCAAAAGUUGUCUUCCCGUCACAAAAUGUU